AUGCACACAUAUUUGAGAAACAGAUGAACGAAGCCUGUUCAUAUGACGAUGUCGUCGUGGGGAGGGCAAAUAAUGGUUGCUAUGGAUACGCCGCUGUUGCAAACAAACAGCAAGGAUGGAAUUUUAGUUUUCGGCGGAAAUACAAGCAAUGGACAUGUACGACGAGAUGUACGAGAUUAAAAAUGGUCGUGAAAUCGACGAUAGUCCACCACCCGAUUUAGACGUGUCCGGUUCACUGCAGUUCGUUAAUCAGGAGGAUGAUGAAGAAGUCGAUGAUGAUGAAGAGCAGCUGGGGGACAGACUUCAACGGAAGGUAGGCAUUGACGGGACAAGUGAUUCUACACAAAAACGAGAAUUGCGCAAAAACGAUUCCCUGACCGACAGCAGUGGUAGUGUGUCGGAAGAUGACAAGGAACCGACCAAAAAGCUGGUCGAAGAGAAAGAAUUCAAUCCGAAGCUGUACGAAAACAUCGAUGCUCCGGCAGAAGUGAAGGAUUUGUUUCAAUACAUUCCACGCUACACGCCCCAGAGGAUUGCGAUCGAUUACAAGCUGAAGAUAUUCAUACCUGAUUUCAUCCCUGCGGUGGGAGAUAUUGAUGCCUUCCUGAAGGUGUUUUCACCCAGCCCCGUGAAUGAGAAGAAUAUCAAGAAGCUCAACACGCACAUUCAGAAUCUGGGGCUUAUGAUUCUAGAUGAACCAUGCGGUGAUCAGAGUGAUAGCGUCUUGCUGCAGAUGAAGUUAAGAUCGAUUUUUACCAAACCCAUUGAGACGCCCUCGGCGAUCGUACGCAGCUCCCGAGAUAUUGAUCGAUGGAUCACGGAAAUUCAGGCGUUACGGACCAGUCAAUCGGUGCAAGGGGCAGCCAGUGCACAGAAGCAGCCCAACAUUAAUAUCGACAACCUGAUGUCCGAGUGGCCAGAGGAGGUAGAGCGGACGUUGGACACCGUGGGUUUUCCGCCUGCGAACCUGGACUGCAGUUUAACGGAGUACAUUAAAAUAAUUUGCAAUAUUUUCGAUAUACCACUGCCGAGUGAUGAAAGCCAAGCCGAUUACAUCUAUGCGUUGUACAAUUUGUUUAAUCUCUUUCUCGCCAUCAAACAACAGCAGCAAUAGGUUGGGAAAUUAUAUGCAUAAUGAUGAUAAACUGUAAAUUUAGUU